CCCCAGAUUAUCUCCCUCUCUCUGUCCUUGAUGAAUGUGAAAUCCCAAAACGACGUCGACUGGAGCAACUUUGGAGAGGCAGCGUGAGAAUCAGGAGUGGAUCGGGGGCCGCCAACUCCGCGCUGGUGGAGAAAUCCAUCCAUCCAUCGAUUCCGGCCGGAUCAUCGUCACUCUAAUCGCUCCCUCCUCAUCUCCAAGCUCGGCCUGGCUUGCGGCAUCAACCUUUCCGCUACCUCUCUAUCCCUCAAUAUCUCCCAGGCACAGAGAAGCUAAAUACUGAGAGUUCUUUCGACUCUCACAGUCCACCAUGGUUUCUCUACCCCCUCCACCGCCGCCCCAAUGGGUGGUGAGAAUGAACACCCCCAUGCCACGCCCAUCCAAAGAGGCUACCAGUAUCCCUGAUCCUCCAGGCUUCUCCAGGAAAACCACUGGCAAGAAUAACCGCGCCCAGCAGUCCUCAGUCACCUCGGCCCCGUCCAAACCCGUCGAAACCGAUACCCUAAAGCUCAAGAAAGCAUGGGAAAUUGCCCUCGCUCCCUCGAAGCAGAUCCCCAUGAACGCGAUCAUGAUGUACAUGUCCGGAAAUAGUCUACAGAUCUUCAGUAUCAUGAUGGUGUUUAUGCUGUUCAAGGGCCCCAUCCAGGGCCUGAUUAAUACCAACACGGUGUUCGCCAAGUUCGAUACAGAGGGCACGCGCGCGAAGCUUCUGGGUGUGAAGGCGAUAUAUGUCGUUAUGCAGCUGGUGCUGUUGUGCUUGGGUAUUUGGAAGGUUAAUGCGAUGGGACUUUUGCCGACUACGAGAUCGGAUUGGCUGGCUUGGGAGUCGGAACGGCAACCGUUGGAGCGUGCUUACUUUGCUUUUGGUUGAUUGGGAUGAUCGUUCGGGAUGAGUGUAUGUUCGAUGCUGUGUUAAUUGAGAAAUAUGAAGCUAUAGUCAUCUGGAAGGGAGCUGCCAUGGUAAUUGGAUAUGGUAGGGCUGGCACUACUAAUGUAUAGCUUAUCAUAUAGGAGGGGCAGUGUUAUGUGGUGCUUCAAGUCCUUAGUCUGAUAGUAAUAUGUUCAUAUAUAGU